UAAUAUUUCAGUAAAGGUUCACUUACGUCAUGUCAUGACGUCCCUUGUAAUCCAUCAUAUAUAAAGAUAUAAUAACGUACGGCUGUCGAGUCUACUACAAGUACCUCGGAGAAGUAAAAUUCAUCCUGUCAGCAUGUUCUCUUCAAAGGCUCUGUCUUGGCUAAGAUGUUUCCAUAACACUCUUCCUGUGAUGGUGAGAUCAUCUUCUUCAGCAGCUACAUUGUAUCAUAUGAACUCCCAAGCCAUAUUUGAAAGAGAGUCUAAAUAUGGUGCUCAUAAUUACCACCCCAUACCUGUAGCACUUCAUAAAGGAGAAGGUGUAUUUGUAUGGGAUGUUGAAGGGAAGAGAUACUUUGAUUUCCUCAGUGCAUACGGUUCUGUUAACCAGGGACAUUGCCACCCAAAGAUUCUGAAAACGUUUAGAGAGCAAGCAAGUAUUGUAACAUUGACUUCGAGAGCCUUCUACAACUCUGCUUUAGGAGAGUUUGAAGAGUUUAUUACAAACCUGUUUGGAUAUGAUAAGGUUUUACCAAUGAAUACAGGAGUGGAAGCGGGUGAGACUUCUUGUAAACUGGCUAGAAAGUGGGGCUAUGAAGUUAAAGGAAUCCCUAAAAAUUCAGCAAAGAUUGUGUUUGCAGAAGGGAAUUUUUGGGGACGUACCAUGGGAGCUAUAUCUAGUUCGACCGACCCCGAGAGCUAUGAGGGGUUUGGUCCUUUUAUGCCUGGCUAUGUUAUCGUUCCAUAUAAUGAUUUAACUGCUCUUGAUAGGGCUUUGCAGGAUCCACACAUUUGUGCCUUCAUGAUAGAACCGAUCCAAGCUGAAGCAGGUAUUAUAGUUCCUGAGGCUGGCUACUUGACAGGUGUACGAGAACUGUGUACCAAACAUAAUGUUUUGUUGAUAGCUGAUGAAGUACAAACUGGACUAGCAAGGACAGGCAGGCGGUUGUGUGUGAACCAUGAAAAUGUACGACCAGAUGUCUUGAUGCUAGGGAAAGCUCUCUCUGGUGGAUUUUAUCCAGUGUCUGCUGUUUUAGCAGAUGACUCUAUUAUGCAUGUGAUCAAACCAGGACAACAUGGUUCAACUUAUGGUGGGAAUCCUCUGGGUGCUAAAGUAGCCAUCACUGCUCUUCAGGUUUUGGAUGAAGAAAAAUUGGCUGAAAAUGCUGAAAAAAUGGGACAGAUUCUAAGGGGUGAAUUACAAAAACUACCAAAAGAAAUUGUAAAGACUGUCAGAGGGAAGGGUUUACUGAAUGCUAUUGUUAUUACUGAAAAAUACGAUGCAUGGGACAUAUGUCUGAAAUUCAGAGAUAGAGGCCUUCUGGCAAAACCAACACAUGGUGACAAGAUCAGAUUUUCACCUCCGUUGAUCAUCACAGAAGAACAGAUACAAGAAUGCAGUCAGAUAGUGAAGGAGACAAUUGAAUCAUUGUUAUGAGCAAAAAAGUUUUUGAUGUGUUCACUUAAAUAACAGGAAAAUGCUGUGAAUGCAAAUAGUGGAAUCUGUUUUAUAAUAUUUUAAUUUAUGUUUAUUAGUGGACUGUUGGUGCUUUAAACUUCAAAUAAAAGUUUGUUUUAUGUACCAGCAUUUGUUAGUUUUUUUUGAAGUCUUGCAUUAUAAAUCCUUAAACUUACUGCUGGCCCACCGAAGAUUAUUGAUUAUUAUGAAGUAUCAUCUAAAUUAGAUGUGAUAAGGAAAGAUAUGUUAUAUAUAUAAAGUGUUUACCAAAUAGUGGAAUCUGUUUUAUAAUAUUUUAAUUUACGUUUAUUAGUGGACUGUUUUUUUAAUUUUUGUUUAUAUGGACUGUUGGUGCUUUAAACUUCAAAUAAAAGUUUGUUUUAUGUA